AUGUCAAGGUCUUCCUCUGCUGCUGAUGGAGAGGAGGGGGAGAACACGCAGGAAAGGCAAGCUUUUCCGCUUAGCGAAGGCGAUGACGGUGGCGAUAGCGGCAAGGGCACAAGUGAUGCUGCUCGUGGCAAGAGCCGUAGGAGUCGCUUAUCGCCGUUUGUGGGCCCUCAGCUGCAGCAGCAACCGCCGUCGCAGCAGCCGUAUCAGCAAUUUUUGGGAGUGGGGAGUCGCUCUUCCGUCGAGGGGCCGUGGACUGAUUCGUCGCCUUCUCCGUUCUUCAGCGAGCCGGUAUUCUACAGCAGCAGCAGCAACAGCAACACCAGCAAUUAUGCCGCCAAGGCGCCAUUUGUUUCGCACUACUCGCAGCUGUACAGCUCCCCGGAUUUGAGGUCCUAUCUGCAACGCAAGGGCCUUGUCUUCUCCGAAGACGCGGAGAAGUUUGUUGUGACCUUCUGCCCCUUCUGCCCUCCCCACAAGAACAAGCGAGACAACCUUAACAAGCUGAUCUUUUUUAGAAACUCGGGCAAUUUUUACUGCCACAGGUGCGGCUCUAAAGGUAGCCUCUUCGACUUCAAGAUGCGCACAGGCGACCUGAGCAGCAGCAGCGGCGGCAGUGGUGCAGAGGGCAUGUUUCUCCCGCAACAGCGGCAGCAGCAAGCGAUGAUGCUGACGCUGCCCGCCCCUCUAUUCGACGGGGGGCAGUGCGAAAACACAAACGUCCCCGGGGUGCACCCGCACAGGGAGCAGCACCAGCCACAGCUAGACGUGUAUGCGAAGAACCUGGCAGCUGUCGCCACGGUCGCUGCUGCUGAAGGAGGCAACAGCGGCAACAGGGCAAACAGCGAGGACUGCCAUAGGCGCGUGCUGAGGUAUCUUACCGAGAAGCGGGGCCUAAAGGUGGAAACGCUUCUUGAGUUUGGUGUAGGCUCUGGUGUCUUCUUCUUUCCACCGGCUAGUGGCGAAGGCCCCUCUGAGCCGCACUGCUGUGUGACGUUUCCGUGGAUGCCGGCUGUACACUGCCGCGCUCCAGGUGCAGGGGAGGCCUCUUCGCGGCGUGGCCUUAAGGGCGUAGCGUCAGGACAGACGAAGCCUAUGCCUGUCAGGCUAAAAGUUCGGAGCAUCGAAGACAAGAGCUGCAUGCGUCUGGAGCCGUGCAGGGCCAGCGGGAAGUGGGGUCUUUUCGGUGCUGACGUCGUGUUGCGACAGUUGUGGAGGAGCAGCACUGGCAGUACCAGCAGCAGUAACAAAAAGGCGCACGCAGAUGCAUCGCAGCCUGUAGCUGCUGCUGCUGAGGUGCCUCCAGAGGACGAAGCAGGGGCUGCAGCUGCUGGGCGGCACCAACAGGAGCAGCAACAGCAACAGCAACAGGAGCAGCAACAGCAACAGCAGCUGUAUUCUGGAGAUGCCAUAUGCAUAGCUGAGGGGGAAUUUGACGCGAUGGCUAUUUGGCAGCAAACAGGGAUGCCGACUGUUUCAGUUCCAGUGGGAGCCAACAGCCUGCCUCCGUACCUGCUUCCCUUCUUUGAGCGCUUCAAGUCCAUCUAUUUGUGGUUUGAUGAAGACUCGGCAGGCCGCGAGGGCGCAGAUCUAUGGGCAUCCAAGCUAGGCAUCAGUCGCUGCCACGUCGUGAGGCACACGGACGAAAUCCUCGAGCACUUGCGACAGCGACUGCAAACUCCGGGGAAGGCGCUGGCAGAGGACAAAACAGAAGAAGACGAGGAGGAGGAGAUGCGCAUUCCUAAGGACGCUAACGAGUGUCUUCUCGCAGGCCUUGAUCUUCGAACCCUGCUCUGCUCAGCUCGACGCGUACCUCACCAGCAGAUCCUGACCUUCCAGGAUCUCCGAUCACGUGUUAUGCACGAACUUGUUGAGCCAGCUGCAACGCGAGGCCUGCAAAGUGCCACUCUACCCGCCUUUACGGCCAUACUCGGGGGUUUCCGCCGAGGAGAACUAAGCAUCUGGACCGGAGGGACAGGCGCUGGCAAAACAACUGCGCUCUCUCAGCUGUCUCUUGAUUUCUGCUCACAGGGUGUACCGACUCUCUGGGGUUCGUUUGAAGUAAACAACAUUAGGCUGCUGCGAAUGAUGAUGCUGCAGUUCAGCGAUGGGGUAGCAGGAGCCAGUCGUAAGGAUUUUUCUCGAGUAGCAGACUCUUUUGCACAGCUGCCGCUCUGGCUGUUGCGCUUCCACGGAUCAACUAGCGUGGAGGAGGAUGACCAUGUGCCCCUAGGCCUCUCCUCCGUCUUUGGCAGCGUCAAGUCAACGCAGGAGGCGGAUAAUGUCGUGAUUCUGCAGCGCGAAGCCUCGAGGACUUCUCAUCAAAGCCGCCAUGAGCAGCAGCUGCCGCAAGGGCUCCAGCAGCACCUUCAGCGAGGCGGUCCCAACCGGCAUAAACAGCGCCGCAUGCAUUAUGCCCUUGAAAUUCGGAAGAAUCGUUUUUCUGGGGAGCUUGGAUCGGUGCCCUAUGUAUUCGACCCUACGUCCCUCUUGAUGCGGGCCGUCGAGGGGGCACGAGCUGGCGAGAGUGCCUUUGGAGCGGAGGAUGCGCACGAGAUGCAUCGCGGCGAGGCCGCCGCUGCAGCAGAAUCAGCAGCACAGGAAGGGAGGCGCCUCGAUUUUGGCUUGCGCAGCAGCGCUCGAGACGCAGUGGCCUUCAAGGGGGUGCACGAGCCAAAGUCUUUGAUGAGCCUGUUCGCCCCCAGAGGAUUUCCUCUGAAUUCGAUGGCUUCCGCGGCAGCCCCUCCAAGGAGCACGCAGAGGCUGUGGCUCUCAGAAGAAAGGCCUCGCGCAGGCCACCCCAUAGCGGCUGCGCACUCCCCGCCUCCUCCGGCACCCUGCGCCGAUCUCGCUGCAGCUGCGGAAGGCCUUGUUCCCGUGGAGGCGACGACACCCUCGAAGUUCGAAGCAAGCAGGGGGGCUACCACCCACCCAGAGCCGGAUGGAGAUAAUCGGCUCUCUAAUAGGACAGCCGCGCCAGCAGACGCGGCAAAAAAAGCUCCAAAGGCCAUUGAGUUGUCAGGAGAGCUACCCAUUGCUGUCCUACGGGAGAUUGCUGCUGCUCUGCCGCUGCAGCCGCCCAUUAAAACCGCCGGCGCGGGCCGUACCAAGGCCUUGCUCUUGGAGGAUCUGCAGGCGGCGGCACACAGCAGCCCCAAGAUCAAAGCCUGCAUUGACAGCAUGCUGCAGCAGCACGAGCGCUUGCUGCAGCGCCAGCAGCAGCAACAACAACACCAACAGCAACUCCUACUCACAGCAGCAGGGCAGGUCGACCUCGAAGUAGCCCCUCAAUCUCAGAAUCAGUCCGCGGAUCCCACAGCUGCAGGCGCUGUAUUUGCUGGCAAUCUCUCGCAGGGGCUUACAGGGGCACCACCGCAUGUCACAUUGACGCAAAAAAUUCCCCUAAGCCACUACCUAGAGCAGCGCAACAGCAGCUACGCGAAGGCGGCGCGGCUGGAUCUGGAGGCUCUAAGGAAGCGAUCCGACGCUUCUGCAGCAGAACGCGGUGACUGCCCCGCCGCAGCCCCUGAAGAGAGUGCACUGCCUCCUGCUGCAUGCACGGGCUCUCCUGAAAAGCCUCUCAAUUCGAGCGAAAACGCUAAAGAAAGGACUCCAGACGCGGCGGCAUCCCCUAGAGAAGGCGCGUCAGGCGAAUCGGCUAGCAGCGACAGCAGCGCCAGCAGCAGCGAGGAAGUUGUCUUCGUGCAAGUGCCUCUGCACGUGCAGGACGAGCGUUUGUCCUCCGACUUUGUGUUGAUAGAUUCUCCCUCCAAGGCGCGGAGAGUUGAGGUGUUGCUCAGGAAGCUGCUGGAGUUCUUGCAGCAGGAGGCAAGCAGCAAGAAGCACCAGCAACAGGGGCAGUCACCUUCACUACCGCAACAAGAACUCAAACAGCAACCCGAGUUGCAGCAGCGGCUCAAUCCAGAGUGGCAGCCUGAAGCAGGGGGCUAUCGACAGCCAGAAGGUCUUAUCGCAAUGGGCCUAGACGUGGAAACUACGGGCCUUGAUCCUCAUUCCUCCAGCCUUAGGCUGGUUCAAGUUGCUUUGCCAGAGCUGCCCUGUCUGGUAUAUGACGUUGCUAAGCUACCCCCCGCCUCAUUGGAGGGCCUUCUGCUGCUCCUGCAGACACCCCUCAUCACCAAAGUCAUGCAUCACGCCAAAUUUGAUCUCAGCUUCCUUUCGCAAUUUCUGCUCAAACUCAGGCAGCAGCAGCAUCAGCAGCAGGAGGAGGAGACACAACAUCAGCAGGGGGAGAGUGGCACGAGUGGCAGUGCGAGCUUCGCGCGGCGUUCCGCGGAGUACACGCUUGCUGCAUCCGAAGAGUUGGGGGGCUUAAGUCCUCCAUUCUUCGAUACGCUACUGGCGAGUCGGUUGUUGGAAGCAGGGCAGAUUCACUCGGGUUUUUCCUUAGCGCAGGUGACUGAGAGGGCCCUUGGUGUUUUCCUCGACAAGCAAAUGCAAGUCAGCGACUGGAAGCUCCCCGAGCUCAGUGACGAGCAGCUCCUGUAUGCCGCAAGAGACGCGGCCGUUCUGCUGCCGCUUCACGAUCGGCUGAGCCGUCGAUUGCAGCAGCACCAGCUGUUGCGCGUUGCUGACUUGGAGCACCGCACCCUCCCCGCAGUGCGAAAGGUGCUGCCCGCAUCACUAGCCUCCAGUGCUGCUAGUGGAUGUGCAAAUGCUGAGUCUGCUGCAGUUGUCUCGAUGGAGAGGACAGGCAUGGCGCUCGACAUGACGUGCUGGAACGGGUUGGCAGAGCGUCUGCGGAAGGAGCAGGAGGAGGCCGCUAACGCCUUGCUCGAGCAGCUUGGCGAGACGGCUGAAACCAUCAAUCUCAAUUCCCAGAGACAGAUUCUCGAGGCCCUUCGCCGCGUGGGCGUCUCGCACGCCCCUUCUACUCGGCAGCGCCCUCCGGCUGCCAAGGCAGACGCUGGGGCAGCAGCAGCAGAUGCAUCAACAACCAAUCCAUUCGUACUGACAGACACAGGAGACAACACGCUCAGUCGUCUUUCACACUUCCCCGCAGUCGCCGCCCUGCGCAAUUUUAGGAGGGCCUCCAAGGCUGUUUCUGCCUUUGCUGAACGGCUGCCUCGGCACGUCAACCCCACCACUGGGCGCAUUCAUGCGCAACUGCAUCAGUGCGGAGCUGGCAGCGGCCGCUUCUCCUGUGACUCACCUAAUCUUCAGCAGAUCCCUAGAGAAGCCGCCUUCCGCCGCUGCUUUGUUCCAGCUGCGCAUCGCCUACUGUUGAACCUCCCAGCCGUUCCCGCUGCAGGCGCUGCCGAUGAGGCUCGCGCUGAUGACGCUGCACAGAAAUUCUCCUCGGAUGAAGCUGCUGACGCGGCAGCAGCCCUAAAGCCCCCUGCCGCACCUACAGAUGCAGCGCACCAAGAGAAAUGGAAAUUCCUUAUUGCAGACUUCUCCCAAAUCGAGCUCCGCAUCGCAGCAGAUAUUGCCCAAGACGAGAAAAUGAUCGAAGCCUACCAAAAGGGUCAAGACCUUCACCGCUUGACGGCUUCAUUACUCCUCUCAAAGCCCGAGGACAAGCUGAGCAAGGCUGAUCGCCAGCUAGCCAAAGCUGUGAACUUUGGCCUUAUCUAUGGGAUUAGCGUGCCUCGGUUCCGCGAGUACGCGCUGUCUGCCUACGGCGUCUCUCUGACGCCUGCAGAAGCUCGAGCGUUUCAUGCCAACUUUUUCAAGCAUUUUAGAGGCAUCACUCGUUGGCAUCAGCAGCAGAAGCGCCUGAUGCCACUCGAGACACGGACGCGGUCUGGACGCAGGGCCUCCUUCGAUGAUUUCUCGUUCACAAAGGCCCUUAACUACCCUGUUCAGGGCACAUCGGCAGAUAUCACCAAGGAAAGUUUAGCCCUUCUCCUCCCUCGACUCCGCGAGGUGGAAGGGCAGCUGGUGAUGUGUGUACACGACGAGAUUAUUGUCCAGGUUCCAGAAAGACACCAGGAACGGGGCCUAGAGAUCCUGCUGCACACCAUGAAAGAGGCAGGAAGCCUCUUUUUGCGACGGGUCCCUUGUGAGGCCGAGGGAAAAAUCGGCGACUCAUGGGCGGACAAGCCAUGA